CCUGGCUGCGCAGCAUCGCGAAACAGGAUGUGCGCGGCCCGAGCCUGUCCGUCCGCCGUGCCGCCAUUAAGGCCCUGGUCGACCUGGCCACGGUCACCGACGAACAGCGACGGACGACGGGCACGAAGAAUUCCAUUGCCGGGGCGGCGGCCCCCGACGUGAACAAGUCGAUCGGAUUGGACGCGUAUCCUAUGUAAAAACGUCCCCACCCCAGAGUUGUCAUGCAAAUCCGCAUGAUCAAAAUGUUUCUCAUGCGGAACCCCAUGAGAGGCAUUUUCUAGUCGUGUUGUGGAAUUUGUGAUGUUAGAGCCAGCGUGAUAUGCUAGAUCUGUGAUGCUACUGAACUAGCUAAAACAGGAUCACGCUACGAGUCCAAACUUGUCAUGCUCGCCAGCCAAAACUUGGAGAUUUGUGUUGCAGAUUUGCCAACUUGACUGUGGGGUGGGGACGUUUUUGCUCAGGAUAACGCGCUUCUGUUGCUCAAGGGACGGUUCGGGGGCACGAAAGCUUCUGGAGGCACAAGGACGACACAGAAGGGGACCAGAAGGCCCCACUGCGGGCGGUUCGUCACAACCUUGCAGUUACUGGAUUCCGUGAUGAAGCGGUGCUACAAGAAGGCGUCUGACAUCGCCCACGAAUUUCGCACGAUUCAGGCGAAGCGUACCAGUAAGGCUGCCGCACGACAACCCGCCGGCACACUGGAGCAGCAGCAGAGGUUUGGUUCUGCCGCGGCGCUGACCCGGUUUCAGCAGCUGUAUCAAAUGCAAAAAUGUGUGGGUCUGGAAGAAUGCAACUUGUGAUGCGUAUUUCAGAACACAGAACAGUCUCGCAUGCAUAUAUAGCAAAUAAAGCUCCCCACUUUCUGCCAGCAAAAUAGGGGACUUGUCAUGCGGAUUCGGCAUUGCGGAAGCUUCUCGAAAUCUGUGAUGCUAGAGCUUCCAUGCCAGACCUUCGGUGUCAUGCAAAAACAGCAUGACUCUUCCAGACCCAGACACUUUUGCAUUUGAUAAGCUGGCACGAGAAGUGAUGAUGCCGGCUGGCGGGGCUCUGGGGAAGUAUCAAAGGUAAAAAUGUCUGGGUCUGGAAGAUUGCGACUUGUCAUGCUAAAUCCGAAUCAUACAAAAAUCUGUGUUGCAUGAGUGCCAAAAGCUGUCCACUUUCGACCGAGUUGGGAGGGAGUUUUUCAUGCAGGAUAGGCAUGACAGAGACGUUGCAGAGACUGUCAUGCGAGGUCCCGCAUUCCUGACCCCAUGGGCCAUGGAAAACAUGCAUGACAAGUUUAUAAUCUUCCAGACCCAGACAUAUUUGCAAUGCAUAGCAAAAAAGAUAAAACGAACUCCCUCGUUCCACCUGGGCAGAACCAAAUGCGAGCUGCAGUGGGCGACAAACGCAAAACAACUAGUAACGUCGCAUUGUUACACCAGAUGAAAAAUAAAUUGAAGCCGUAUCAGCUGCGGCAAAUGCAUCCGCGACAAUUGCAACUCUACUCGAUGCGGACGAAGCAACUCCUCCGCCACAAGAAUAAAGUGAAUAAACAAACUAUGGAAGCGUCAGGAUUGAAAUCGUCAAAGUUGAAAUAGUUUGUGAUGCAUAAAAUGCAACCCACAAAGUGCCUGUCUUGCAGAGUACGGAAGGGAGGCAGAUUGUAAGCCUGUUGAGGGGUAGAAAUAGAGCUGCUAAAGUAGCAUGACAAAAGGCGUCUUCCUUACCCAAACAGCACUACAAACUGGAUUUAGGCACCACCAAGAUUUGUCAUGCGCCACUUGAAAACUGGGCUCCAACUGGCAUUCAUUUUAUGCAUGACAAAUCAUUUCAACUUUGUCGAUUUCGAUCCUGACAGUUCCAUACAAACCAAGCCGACUGGUGUGGUUCCCGAGUCGGUCAUUUUCGCCCAGCUUUUGAGUAAACUCCUCCUGAUGGCCAACAACCACACCGUCCACGCCGAGGUGGUGAAAGCGGCGCUCCCCGGGUUCCAAGCGCUCAGCCGCAUAUGUCCGAAGUUCGACUUUGCACAGUGGCUGCUGCAGGAGUAUUUUUUCUUUCCGACCACCACGACUGUCGGGGGAGGCGGUGCGACAGGAGCGGGUGCUGGUAUCGUUGCAACCACAACUUCUGCCACCCCGACUGCAGCGGGGGUCUCAGGUGGAGGAGCAAGUGGUACUAAAGGCUCUAUCAAAUGCAAAAAUGUCUAGGUCUGGGAGGUUCCGACAUUUGUCAUGCAGUUUUUUCAAGCUCCCCCACGUCUGGAAUGCAGGGCCUAGCAUCACAGGUCCUGCAGCUCCUUGGUGAUGCGUAUUCUGCAUGAGAAAUGCCCUCUCUGCAUGGCCAGAAGUGGGCACCUUUUGCACGUUCUGCAUGACAGAUCUCUGUAGGAUCCGAAACACGCAUCACAAGUUCGGAUCCGUCCAGACCCAUACAUAUUUGCAUUUGAUAGGCUCGAAAAUCACACGACCGGCGUACCUGGAAGGGAUCGAUUCGUGUUUGACCGGUAGUAACAAACGGCAGUUGAUUCAGCAAGCCGCGAUCCACUACUUGAAGCGAAAAGGGGCGAGUACCUUGGAAAAGAUCCUCCAGUUCAACAGCGCGUGCCUAUUGUGAGGAAAAAUGUCCCCUCCCCGUAUUGAAAGCGCAUCCAUCUGAAAACUUGUGAUGCAGAUUUGUGACCACAAAUCGCGUCUGUCUUGCAAGAAGGCUGUCCGAAACGUUAUGCAGGCGAUUUGUAAUGCUGUAGGGCCGACAAGGCAGCCGUCUGCCGUGCUAGGCGCCUACACCAAAAGGCCCCUACCUAGGCUUGCGAUCUGCGUGCAGUGCUCUAGUGCAACACAAAUUUGAUUUGUGUACUCAAAUACAGCAUCACAGAUUUCGUUUUCUAUAUAGGCAGGGGGGAUUUUUCCUUUUGAUAGUGCUGGGGCUUCCCUUUCAACCGAGCUGUGCGGAAAGUUACGGUGCUGGAGCUGCGGCGGAGCGGCGCGUUCCCGUACAUUGUCACGUGGAAGAAGCAGCAGGAAGUGAAGCAGGCGAAUGGAGGAGACAUGAAUCAGCCCGACGCGAACGAUGCGGUCGGCAAGGUCUUGGCGAAAAGUGGGGCGACUUUGACGGAACUGAUGGCGGCGCACAAGUCAACCCUGAUACAGACAUUCAGCUACCCAAGCUUACAGCAGGCGAUCGUGAGCCAUGGGACAAACUUCUUGCGCCAACAACCACUGGCUGUAAAGACUAGUGGUACCGUGGCAUACACCAGGACGAGCAAGGCGAGGUAUGUGCUUUCCUCCGGGAUUGGAAGAUCAUCGCAGCUGUAUAGGACCCAACCUCCACACGAGAUGAACAAACAAGCAAACAAAGUCCACCUGAUGUCGAAGUUUUCGAACCAGCAACAUGCAACUACCUCAAAUAGAACUACUGCAUCAAACGCAACUGCGCCACCCACCACCACUAUCCCACGAAGAAAACUGUUUCACUGUGAUGAUUUUGCAAGGUCUGCAUCACAAGUUUGUUACGCAUGACAGAGAAAACUUGGCAUGCGUGCUUCCUAAGGGAAAACACAGCUAAAAAUCCCAUGUCUUGCAUGUGUAGCAAGACAAAUAGUUCUGUGUUCCAUUUUCUGCAUCACAGGUUUACACUGAAACAGUUUUUUCUUGCGAUAAUCACCAUUUCCUCCCUCCCGGCCCUGUACGGCAGCCAAACGAGCUAUGGAAGCGUCAGGAUUGAAAUCGUCAAAGUUGAAAUUAUUUGUGAUGCAUAAAAUCGAUACCAGCUGGAAGCCCAAUUUCCCAGCGGCGCAUGACAAAUUUCGGCACCGUCUAAAGCCAGUUUGUCAUGUUGUUUAGGGACAGAAGGCGCCUUUUGUCAUGCUACUUUAGCAGCUCUAUUCCAACCCCGAAACAGGCUCACAACCAGCCUCAUUUGCCAUCCCUGCAAGAGAGGCACUUCAUGCCUUGCAAUUUCUGCAUGAGAAAUUAUUUCAACUUUGAGGAUUUCAAUCCUGACGCUUCCAUACGAGCAGUCCUGAGUACCGCCUGCAAAAAUUCCUCCUCACACCCUUCACUUGGUCGGAUAAGCAGAGCUUACUCUCCGAAACUUGCCUCCGGUUCGCCUUUAUGCUGCACAACGUGAAAGACCGCAUCGCGGACCCGCGGGAACGGAAGCAAUUCGAAAAUUUCCUCCAGAAAGAACUCGCCGGGAAAAACUUGUGGCUGCUGCAGGCAUUGUAUGAGAGUGCACAAUCCCCGUCCCCCUGAUUUGUCAUGCAAAGUACAAAGUUGCGCCUGGCCUAUAGGCACUGUCUGCAUGAGAAGUUCACUGGCAGCUCAAAUAGCACUACAAUCCUGUGCAAAUUUGUCAUGCAAAACCUGUAUUCUUGCUGGCGCUUGUCCUGCCGUUUAUGCAAUACAAAUGGGGGGGAGGGGGGCUAUGUGCACAUUCAUACGUUGAAGCUCCCGAUGAUGCACCAACUGAAGGAGUUCGACGCGAAUAACGGGUCGUAUUACCUCCAACAACCGCGGCUCCUCCCCUAUCACAUGCAAAAAUGUCUGGGUCUGGAAACUUGUAAUGCUAAAAGUGGAUGAUAGCCGGACUGCAAUACGCAGCCAAGCAUGACAAAUUUUUGAGCUGCUAUGUGUUGCGUAUUCCGCAUGAGAAACAACGUCUUCACAUGACAGAUAGGAGAGCCUUUUCGUGCCCAUGCAUCACAGAUUCUCGAGUCUGUAGUGUCAGACAUGCAUGACGAAUGUAAGAAUCUUCCAGACCCAGACAUAUUUGCAAUCCAUAUUCCCUCCGGCGAGACGAAUUUCGCACGGCUCGCCCAGUACCACGGUUUACCCAUGCCCGAGCCAAGCUGCCUGGCGAAAGCGGCGUUGCGAAAUCAGCAGAGCAAGCGCCCGCUGCUGCUCUCGUCGUCGACGAGGAUGCUGAAUAACCCAGAGCUGUACAACAAAGCCCAAAUGACCGGGUUUACCCCGGGCAUGAACCCGGAUCUACACAAAGAACCGGACAAGCAGAAGCUGGAAGAACAGGCGGCGCGCAUCGCCGCGAAGUCGUGGCUCGAGAAGUGCAUGAACGUGCUGGGGCACAUGCGGCUGGAGGCGCCGCACGAUUACAGCAAGUUUGACGUGAACGUGCUGAACCAAAUCCGGUCGCAGUACGCGUCCGAAGGGCCGCAGAAGGUGGAAAAGUUCAUUCAGAAGUACCAGAAGACCAUCCGGCCAAACCAACCGAUCGACUUGAUGGAGAUCCGGACGAAACUGAAAAAUUCCAACCCCCGUAUUGUGAGGAAAACUCCCCCCUCCCCGUAUACUUGACAAGGCAUUAUUCUGAACAUUUGUGAUGCAGAUUUGUCGUCGCAAAUCAUUUCUGUCUAGUGCAAGAAUGCAUAUGUAAUUGCCUAGGCCUGCGCCGCAUCAUGGAGGCGAUUGGUCAUGCUGUUGGGCCUGCAGGGCUGGCGUAAGUACUUAGGCGCUUCCCAUGCUAAACAAGGCUAGGCCACUACGCUCCCAAACAGGCCAACAGUCUGGCUGCAGUUCUUCCUUACAGCAAGACAGUCCGCAUUUGUGUAGUGCGCAAAUCCAGCAUGAGAAAUUUCGUUUUUGGUAUGGGGACGGGGGGUUUUCCAUUUUGAUACCCCGAGCGCUGAAAACGGCGCAGACGGAAGCGGAGCACAUGGUGUCGCAGCAGGGCCAGUACAAUAUCAAAUGCAAAAAUGUCUAGGGCUGGAAGAUUGCCAGGUUUGUCAUGCAUUUUUUGCAUGACGCCUGAUUGUUUGUGAUAUAUGCCCUAGCAUCACAGAUUUUUAGAACCCUAAUGCCUAUUCCGCAUGAGAAAUGCCCUCUCCGCGUAACACAAACUGGAGUCCUGUUGCUGGUCAUGCAAUACAGACUUUUUUGGAAUCCGAAGACAGCAUUGCAAGUUGCAAUCUUCCAGACCCAGACACUUUUGCAGUUGAUAUGCAAGAACGAGCUGCAAUUUAAACAGGACAUCAAAAUGAUGUUUGAAAACUGCGAUCGCUUCAACCGGGACGAGAAAAACACCUUCCGGCAGGCGGGAAAGCGACUCGAGGAGAUUUUCGCCCGGCUCUGGGUAGUUUUCUUUCCACCCGUCAAGCAACAUGGGAGUAGCCUGAAGAUUGCGGGCGCGCCGGUGGCGAAAAAGAGGCGACCGAACUCGGAGAGCGAGUCGGAGUCAUGAUAGAAUACCUGAGUCGGAGUCAUGAUAGAAUACCUAUGUCGGUGCUGCCAUUUAAGUAGGCUGGAUCGCAGCUGCGCAGUACUCUCGAAGAAGGUGGCUCGUGUAGUCCUCACGUCGUGUGACCAAGAUGUUGUAUGCAAAGAAGCGACAGAUAGUAAAAAACGCAU